AUGCCAGUACGAGUACGAAGCCUAUUGGAGACAAUGGGCGAUGAACUCAUUCUUAAAAUUCAACUGGGCCAUACACCUGUUCAAGAUCUUCCUCUUAAAAUACUUGACUUUUUAAGCGAUUCGAAAUUUACCGAUAAACAACUUGAACUUGGCUAUGAUGAUAUCUAUCACAAUUAUUUACUCAUUACUAUUAAGAAUAGUCAAGGACCCAAUGUACUACAACAUUUACUUGGAAGUGUCAGACAAAAUGUAACUCCUAGCACUAUUCUUAAACUUGAGAAAGCACAGCGCAUUGCUCUCAAUUAUCCGACUGUACCAGACGAAUUGAUCGAUGUAUACGAUAUUCCACUAACAUCAAAUAAACCAUUAACUCUCAAUCGAUUAAUUUCUAUAGCGUCGAAUGUCGACAAAAAUUUUUACAAGUAUGAUGCUGGCGAAAAUAAUAUGUGUCAAACAUUUGUCGAAAACAUUAUCGAUAUCAAUGGUCUGAUGCCUAACAUUGUUGAUCAAGCAACAUUGAACGCUCUCAAACCAAUCGAUGCUAAAGCAUUAAUUUCUACUCUAGGCAGUCGAUCUAAUAUUGUUAAAGUGGUGACUGAUUUGGGCGCCAAAUUGGACAAAUUAGUAUUCGAUCGUAAGAUCAAAUUGAAAAAAUCUCAACCAAAAGAAUUUGUUCUAUUGCGUGAAGCCAAUGUCACUGAUUCGGAAAGUACCGACGCUAUAUACAAUGCGAUUCUUCAGCUUGAAAAAAAUGCAUAA